AUGUUUAGAACUAGGGCCAGAUUCUACAAAAAUCUUAACAAAUCAGACUACACAUUAAAUUAUAACUUGUUCAAUUCUUUAAAUAGACUUUUCACCUAUACUGUACGCAAAUAUCCCGUCCUCAACAGAGUUUUUUUAAAAAAUAUCGGAAAAUGGCCGAAAUAUAAGUAUAAAAGGCCCGAUGAAUUCAGAAUCUCCGAGGCCCCGGAUGAUUGCGUUGAGUUAACGUAUUUAGGCCAUCGAACAAUGUUUAUACAAAUGGAAGGAGUUAGAUUCUUAACUGAUCCAGUUUUAUCAAAAAGACUCUUUUCAGCCGGCCUAGGAGUCAAAAGAACUAGCGGAAACUGGUAUAGAUAUUGGCAUUUUCCUGCCGCUGACUUCUUGUUAAUAUCAAACAAUUCGUACGAUUGUAUGGAUACGUGGACUCUUAGGAAAAUAAGUGAUCAGGGAGGAGCACUGGCUAUAGGAGGCAUGAACAUAACCAAAUACAUGAACAUGUUUUAUGAAAGAUUUACAUAUCCUCUGAGGUGGUUCGAGGAAGUCGACUUCGGAUGCGUCAAAAUAACAUUUCUGCCGGCAAAAUCGGAAACUAAAAGGAAGUAUUUGAGCUGUGGAAUUGAUAGGAAUAGGGUCCUUUGGGGAGGAUUUCUCAUAAGAUCUGACCAUUCAACUAUAUUCUAUGCAGGGAAAACAGACUUUUCAGACCAUUUCGAAAAAAUUAAGGAGUACCUGACGGAUCUGAAAUGUAAAAUAGAUAUCGCAAUUUUACCAAUAGGGCCUGAAUUUAAGCAUAAAAUCAACAUGAGCCCUGAAGAAGCAGUAAAUGUACAUUUAACACUUAAGCCCAAGCAUACAAUAGUAGUGGCUCACGAUACGUUUCCACUGGGAAUUGAGGCUUUUGGGGAACUCAAAUCGAGACUUACUAAACACAUCGAAAGUAUAAAUAAGGAAAUCCUAAAUGAAUUUUUAAUUUUACAAGAAAAAGAAUCUUUCAGAUUCUCACCACUAAUGUGA